CGCGUGGCUUGUUUCCUCUCCAGCUGACUUUUGUUUACGCAGCAGAGGAGCAGAGGAGGCUGGAGGAGUACCUCCUGAGGGGCCAGGAGCUGCUCUUAUCUUCAUUAAGCCUUUUGUCAGUUUGCAAGUACUGUAGGUGGAUCCUUUCACAGCUGACCCCACAUAUUUGAAAUUGACUCUAGAUGACAUAGCCUGGACAAUUAUCAAGUCACAAGUGAGAAAGAAAAAGGCAGGGAAUCCAGAAGUCAGAUACGUACUCAGUUACGAGCAAUAAAGGCUUGGCAUUCACAAUGGGGAGUAAAUUAAAGCCAGGCGGUGUCCGGCGACAUUUGAAAGAAAAGGUUGUUCAAAUGUAUGAGGAUUUAUUUCAUGGCACAGAUCCUUGCAUCAACAACCCUCGAUUUUGGGAGGAUCUGUUUUUACUAAAGCCAAAAAUGUCAGCAUUAGAAGGUGAAAUCAGCAGGUGCACAUCUGACCAGCUCCUGGGACUGAAGGAAAAUAUCAACACACUCUUUGCCAAGUGUGUUCAGGUUCUUUCCCAUGAACAUCACAUACGUGUAGUCAAUGCUCUUUUGACUUUAUGCAGUUUGGUCAGAGGAUUAUACAGAAAAAUGCAGGGUGAUUAUGGCUUUGACUUUAUCAAUAUUCUUAUUGGAUUUGAUGCUGCAGAAGAGCAGAUGCAGAUGCUACUAUACCACUGUUCAAAUUUCCUCACAGGUUAGACUACAGCUCUAAAA